AUGUCACGCGGCCUUCAGUUCCUGCUCUUGAGCUGCGCCUGCAGCCUGGUGCCCGCAGCGCGAAACGUGAAGGUGGUUUGUUCCGAGGACGUGGACUUGCCCUGCACCGCCCCCUGGGACCCGCAGGUCUCUUACACGGUCUCCUGGACCAAGCUUAGAGAGGGUGAUGAAGAGGUGAUGGAGAUGCCCCAGGAAGAUCUGAGUGAACAGUACUAUUAUCAGAAGGAGAAAAAUAGCUCUCAAGAAGCCACCAGUGAAAGGCUGUAUUCUCUGAAGAUCCGAAACACUACUAACUGCAACACGGGGACAUACAGGUGCACUCUGUGGGACCUAGAAGGGCAGAGAAACCAAAGUGGCACAGUGACCCUGAGAGUGAUAGGAUGCCCCAAGGAACACAAAGAAAAUAAUUUUAAGAAAUACAGAGCAGAAAUUGUGCUACUGUUGGCUCUGGUUGUUUUCUACUUAACACUCAUCAUUUUCACUUGUAAGUUUGCACGACUACAGAGUAUUUUUCCAGAUGUUUCUAAGCCUGUCAUGGAUCGAGCUUUUCUCCCAGUCACUUCCCAAAAUAAACAUUUUGGUCCAGUGAUUUUUCAUAAGACAGAAUUGGUAUAA